CAACACCAAACUCACUUCUCCAUCCACCACAUUUCUUUGUUGUGCACAACCGAAUAAUUAUUGAGAGCUAACAUCUACAUUGAUCAUCAUCUCUCUCUGUUCUAGUAGUACAAUAAGAAAAAUUUUGAUUCUCUCCCUCAACAACUCUAGUCGACUCCACCUGAUAGAUUCAACAACGUGUAUUGUCAAGUACCCAUCACGAAGUUUUUUCAAUUCUAUCAAACUAACACAACGGCCAACAACCAUAGACGUCCAUCAUUGAGAGUUUUUAUCAAACAUCAAUACCGAUACUAGUAUCUAUUGAAAACGUACUAUUCAUUUUCCAAUCAUCUCUAUAGAAAGAAAACAAUGACACACAAUAAUACUGUUGUACAAUCAACAAGUACCACUACUACUAAUACUACUACUUCUAGUAAUUCUAAACACUAUGAAGGCGAAUUAAUUAAUACAAGAUCAAGAGCUUCUUCUAAUGUAAGAAACUCUGAGCGAUCACGAUCUGUUAGUAAUGCAAGUGUGUCGAGCACUACAAUUUCCUAUCCAAAUCAAACUAGUAAUAAUAAUGAACACCAAUACGAAGCUCCUGUAUCAUCAUCAACCAAUCUAACUCAACCUGAAUCCCUCCACCACCACCAACAACAAACUGUAUCACCACCAUCUAGAGCAUGCCAACCAACCCUUUCCAAUACAACAUCUUCUAACGUCCAACAACUUAAUUUAAUGCAUCCUACUCCUCAACAACGAUUGACGAUAGAAAGACUCUUACAAAUACCACCAGAAUCAGUACAAUCACGUAAUCCAAAACUCUAUGAUUUACUAGUACAAUUAAGAAGACAAUAUAUGUGGCAAGCUGUUACUACUCCAAUAACAACAACAACAACAACAGCUGCUGUAGACAAGUCAUCCACUACUAAUGCACAUCCUUUAGAGAAGAUGAAACAAGAAGAUGCAAUGGUCUUCUCUUCGCAUAUUGAUGAAAUUUGUGCUUGUGUCAAUCAGCUCUUAGAAGAUUUAGAUGUUGAGGAGUAUGGUUUGGGACAAAACCUAGGCUAUAAGGCUGUUUGGGUACAAGAAGAAGAAUUAAAGGCAAAAGCUAAACGUGAAGUACUUGCAGUACCUGAAGAUCAAAUGCAAGACGAAGAUUGCGAAGAAGAGUGCGAAGAGGAAGAAUUUGAAGAAGAGGUUGAAGAAUCUCUUGAUCAAACUCCUCAACCUUCAGCAUCCACUGCUCCAAUUCUUUCCAACAAUGAUGAUGGUUGUGAUGAAGAUGAUUCUUGUCCAUCAUUGAUGGAAGAUGAGGAUGAAGAAGAAGAAUCUUCUUGUGAUGCUGAAGAAACAACACAAGCAACUGUCAAUGCUCAAUCACAAGAUGGAUCUAGUACCAAACUCCAAGAAUUCUUUAGACAGUUAGAAAAUGUUGAACCAAUUCCAAACGGUAAAUUAUCCUUUUUCCAAAACCACCAUUUGGUAGUUGGAAAGUUUGACAAGAAGUUGCUCGUUGAGAACAAUGUUCUGUCUUGUACUGUAAUGAAGAAGAGUACCCUCAAUGUUGUAGUUCAUAGAAGAUGUACUCGUCUGAAGAAGGACAAUGACAGAUUCCCAUUCGAUGCAACUUCUGGAAACUAUCAUGACAGAAGAAUACUCAAGAAACAAUCUCUUGCAAAAUCAGUUGUAAGAUUUGCCAAAGUUAAGGUUGAUUUUGGACAGAUUGUUGAAGAAGUUAUUCGUAAAUCAACCAGCCCUGUUUGUGACGAAAACGAUAAAAAAUAAAAAAACCAAAAAAAAUUAAAU